UCUUACAUCCUACUUUAAACUGCCUCUUUUGCAAAGGUAGGUAACCACCCCUCCAAUAGAGCACGUAAGUCUGAACUAAGCGUCUGCUCUAAACUCCUCUCUCCCCGGCCCCAGCUUUCUCUUGGACUCCACGUGUACUUUCGAAACUGAAUGGUGAUCGAAAUAUUUACACCUUCCUUUCUAGUAAAGGAUGAAGAUUUCUGCUCUAGAAAUAGAAAGUUGUGUAAUUGUCCAAGAGAUCUUCCUGUCAGUCUGUUGUUAUCAAUCCGGAAAGCCGAACAUAAACAUUGAUGUCACCGUGACGUAGAGACCACACCACCGAUUUGUGAUCGCGGGCUCACACCGGUUUACGCAAGAGCUUCGGCCAUCUUGACUGUGAACGCUUGGUACAACGUAACGGAUAAGACUUUCUGCGUCCAGUAUGUCUUCAAGAGCACAGAGGGAUAAAGGACAGGCACAGAACACAAAUCAGGCUAUUUUAUCAGAGUUACUGAAAGAGGAAGAGAAUAGAUACUGUGCCGAUUGCGGGGCUAAAGGGCCUCGAUGGGCUUCGUGGAACCUGGGUGUUUUCCUGUGCAUUCGUUGUGCCGGUAUACAUCGAAAUUUAGGGGUACAUAUAUCAAGAGUGAAGUCUGUGAACCUUGAUUCAUGGACUCCGGAACAGAUGGACAGCAUUCAGCAGUGGGGAAAUAAACGAGCAGCAGAGUUUUGGGAAUGUUAUCUGCCGUCCGACUUUCGCCGACCGCAAACUGACUCAACAGUAGAGGCAUUUAUCAGAAGUAAAUAUGAACGAAAACAAUAUUUAAAGAAAGACGGAUUACCUCCAACUAGAUCCACCUCAAGUUCUGCCAAAGAAACAAAAUCUUCAGACAAGAGGAAAAGGAGGGAAAAGAAGGAAGAAGGCAUAUCUAUAACCCCUCUUAAAAUUGAAGCUGAAAAGAAAGUUGCUCCUGCUGUCAGUUCAGUGGCUCAACCACGCCCACACUCCCACCCUCCCCCAGUAAAAGCACCUGAACCAGCCAAACCUGCUGCUCUGGUUGAUCUACUGUCCUUAGACACCCCAGCACCUGCCCCAGCCCGAGCACCUGCACCAGUCAGUUCUGCUGGUUUGCUAAAUUCUCUUGCCCAGCCUAUGCCUGCUGCUUCACAACCUGCCAAGACUGGUUUAGAGAGUGAGCUGAUUGAUUUUGGUGCAUUUCAAGCAAACACCACAAUUGACACUGGCUUUAGCCAAUCACAGCAGCAGCUCAACACACAAGUACCUCAAGAAUCAAACCAAGAAUCUCUUCUUAAAGAUGACUCUACAACCAAUAAGUCAACUAAAGACAGUAUAAUGGCACUGUAUGCACCGAAAACACAGGGAAGUCAACCUCAAAUGUAUGGUGUCCCUGGUGGCAUGUACAUCCCUCCACAGCAACACCAGCAACAGCCUCUCCCUAAUCAGCACCCAGCAAUGUUUAACAGGAUGGGUGCAGUUCCACCUCAGGGCGUGGGUGCAGUUCCCCCUCAUGGAAUGCCAGUGGGAAUGGGAGUACCCCGUCAACCAGCAUUCAUGCAACAACAACAGCAACAGCAGCAGGUGGCUCAAAUUCAGCAACAAAUGCAACAGAUGCGACUCAAACAACAAAUGCCACCUCAGCAGAUGAAUAUGCCAAAUGGAAACCCAAACAUGUUUGCAUCUGCACAGCCAUCAGUUUCAAAUGGUUGGAUGCCGCAGCAACCAAUGUCUUUUCCCCAGCAGCAGCAUCCUCAGUUUGUCACCACUGGACCUAUUCCUAAUGGCAUGGCAGGCUAUGGAGCUUAUCCGAUGGGAUCGGUCCCUGGCUCAGGCCAAACUCUGAGCCAUCAGUUGUGGAAAUAAAGAAAAUCAAGAUGUUUUCAAUAUGUAAAUAAUGAUCAUAGUAAUAUGAUUAAUUAAUAUCUUGUAUAUUUGGUUACCGGUACCUGCGCUUGGUAACUGAUUCGUUUAAAAGGGCAACCAGAGAAAUGUGGUUGUUUUAAUGAGACUCAUUUGCAUGUAAUCUAUCUUUGGUGUAAGAACUAAGCUUUACCUCAAGCCUUAUCUGGUAUGCUUUUUUAAUGGAAUGGGUUGGAGUUAAAGAUUGAGGGAAUAACUUAUGACAGUUAUGGUUUGAUUUUGAUAUUACAUAACUAUAAGAUGAGGUAGUGUAAAACUAGACGAUACAUGCAAAGAUCCUAGGUGGUGGUCUGAUAAUUAUAAUGUGCUAUCUGCUUGAGAAGAAACAUUGGAAUCUUGUGCACAUGUGCUGUAAAUUCUUACGCCACGCUUUCAGACGACUUUGUUGUUGCCACCCCAAAUAACCCAUAACUUACAAACUUAUGUAGAAAAGAGAAAUGCAAAGAAAAGCAGGGAAUCUUCUUUAACAUAUUUUGCUAGUUAUGUAGCCCUGUCAAGUAUGGAACUGUUGUUUCUUUCAUUUCAUUUAUGAUCAUAACAUUGUUUCUGUCAGUGCAAUGAUUUCUAUUGAUGUGGGGGACUGAUUACGCUGGGGAAUGCAAUUGCCAUCAUCAUCAUCAUCAUCAUCAUCAUUCUUAAAAGUUUCAUGAGUUAUACUAGUGGUAUUGUUAUUAUAAUUAUUAUUGUUGUGGUUAUUUUCUUCAAAGUUGCCAGUUUUUGGCUGUUGCUAUAGCUCAGCCAUGUCACCAAGAAUCCAAAAAUAGUUUUGAAGCAGUAAUUUUAUAUGUACCAUACAGAAGUGGUAACUCUGGCCUCUGUGCUAAAGGAAAGCAGUUGCACAGCAAAUCUCAAACCCUUCUAAUAGUAUGGGUUUGUCAAAAACCCUUUGUGUUCAUAUCUGGAAAAGGAAGUGAGCUAAAAGUUUGUUUCAGAGAGCAGGUGUAUGAAUAGUUUCAGUUGAGGUUCAGUCGUAUAUCAGAAAGAAACAUUGCAAAUAAUGUACUUCCUGGAAUAAAAUUUAAACUUUUAUGCCAUUUUGAUUCUUAGAUGAAUUAAAAAAGGGACUAUUCUUGAACUGUGAAUCAUGCAGUGCAAAACAUUUUUGGAACACCCGUCUUGAAAUUUCUUCUUGUCAGUGUGUUGAAUUAAGUUAUUGAUAUUACAACUGAGUGCAUACUAUUGAUAAAUUAAAAAAUUUUCCUUGUCAUUUCUCGCCAAAGGGUCAAAGUGAUGAUAUACAAUUUCAUGCAGUUCUCUGGAGUUGUGUUCUGUUAAUUGUCAGUUAACACUCUGAUUCCUUGUAUCCAUCUCAACACCAUCACUGUAUUUCAUGAGGUGUUAAAUCUUUUGAAACUGAGGGGUAUUGACCUCAUUAUAUUUUGAGUUAAUCUUUUCUCUUUAACUGAGUUUGUUUAAAAUUGUGACCAGUUAAUCAUCAAUUGUUUUUCAGUCUAUUAUUUUUUUGUACAUUCAGCUUACAGUCUUUGCAAUUAAUUUAAUUUUAAAUGAUUCUUGUAAAUGCAUAUGGUGCUCUGUCUUUCCCUUGGCCUUCACAAGCAUUACCUUGUUAAUUUUUGUUCAGUUUUCAUAUUUACUGCAUAAGCUACUGAUAAAGAAGAUCCCAGUUUGUACAUUCAAGGUGUACUAUUGACAGUUUUGAAAACUAACUGCCUUUAAAUAAGAGGAAACCUUUGAAAUGAUUAUUGUUUAAUGUGAUGGAUAGGCAUGGUAGAAUUGCUGCCAAUAAACUUAAAUUAUCAAUGGUGAAGGUAACGUGAGAUUUUGAUAAAGAUGAUAAGCUUUGAAUGUUGAACAAGUGAUAAGAUUGUUUAAUUGAAAGAGCUUGUUGGAACUUUUCAAGUCCAGUUUUUGUCUCUCAUUUUCAGACUUACACAAAUCUAUUGGGGGGUAAGCAAUCACAUAUUUUUUGUUCAACGUCCUGUUUGGCAAAAAUCAUAUGGUGGCUAAACAAUCAGACAUUUUUUUUAUGAAGCAAAGUGUUGAAUGGAAAUGUUUGGUUUACAGCUAUACAUCAAACAUGGGAACAUGAGAGGUAGCUGAAUGCUCAGGUGUGUUGGAUGAUGGUGUUUGAUCAUUUGAGUUCAGAUUCAUUCUUGUGCCUUGGGAAAUUAAGGUUUUUGUUUUAAUUUUUUCAUCUUUCUCUCUUACCUUUAGUGAAAGUAUCAGAGAUAAGUAAGGUAGCUGUUGAGUUAGGUUAUUAACAAUACUUAGAAGACUGUAAGUCAGUUAGGGAGGUAGCAAAUAUUGUGUAAGCAAUGUAACAGAAGUAGUGGGUCUACUGAAUAAAAGCUUGAGAAAUGA